GUAAACAUGAAAGUUUUCCGGUGGCUGUUCUUCGCAUACUUCACAAUAGGCUUCUUAUGUAGCUUAUAUAUUGGAGAGCGAUAUAUAUCCUACGCAACUGGGCUCUUUGGGUACACCCCAGAGCACCCUCGCAAUGCAGAAGAAGACCUCAAAUAUUACGAGCAUCAAGGAUUUGGGUGAAAGUUAUGCAAAGGAGGGCUAGGAGCCCUCCGCUGGACCUUUUGGGGAAAUAUAACCGUCCAAAGAGUCGUCGUGCCCAUUGUGAAAGCAGUCUGAACAUUCUCAACUAAAGAAGAGCUCAUGUGAGAAGAGCUUUUUGAUGGAUUCGCGCUCAGUGUCUGGAUGUCUCUCCAGGAAAGAGUUUAUGAUGUCAAUUACAUGUGAUCAUCUGUGAGUUUAUGUGAUGACUACUUCUAUAAAGCUUAUGAUGUGCAGGAUUAUGUUAAUGAAAAGACCCAGAACUUAUCGAAGCAUGAUAAUAGCUACCCAGAAGAAAAGCCUGAGAAAUUAUUACGUAUGCUACAAAUCUCUGAUGCACAUGUUGAUAGGAACUACCUUGAAGGAUCAGAUCCCGAUUGAGCAGCAGCAACUUGAUGACGACCUCAUUAUGGAAUGGCCAAAGGCGAAGAUAUACCAGGAUAUUGGGGUAUCGUAGGAAAAUGCGAUAUUCCUCAAAGAACUGCAGAAACAGGGUUAGAGCAAUUGAUUGCACAAAAUCCAGACUUUAUCAUUUGGACGGGAGAUAACCUUGAUCACUACGUUUGGUAUCAAAGUUUUGAAAACCAAUUCUUUAACCAGAGAUUUUUAUUAAAAUACGUUGUAGAAGAGCUCGGCUACAAAGGACCCAUAUAUCCUGUCCUUGGAAAUCACGAAGGAGUUCCUUCUGAUAUGUUUGACUUCGAGCUUAAUCUUUGGGUAUUUGAAACCUUUGCAGACAUCUGGAAGGAUUAUAUUACCCCAGAAGCAUACAAGAAUCUCAGUUCUCAUGGAUAUUACCAUGAGAAGCACCUAGACACAAAUCUGAGAAUAAUCGGAACCUUUUCUUUAGUGUAUGAUAUACAAAACUGGCAGCUUAUUCCGAAUCACACCGACCCACUUGAGCACCUCAAAUUCUUGGAGGAGACUCUAGAUUAUUGCCAGCAUAAUAAUGAAGUUGCUUACAUUAUCGGGCACAUCCCGCCAGGAGAUGUAUUCGCGCUUGGCCAAUGGACCAUCCGGUUUAGAGCUAUAGUCAACAAGUACAAAAAUAUUAUUAGAGGGCAAUUCUAUGGGCACACACAUUAUGAUGAAUUCAAGAAUGUUAAAUCAUACAGAGAUGACGAGCUAAGCGCUGGAAUUAUCUGGGCCACACCUUCAUUUACUAGUUAUCCCAAGAAGCAGCCUAGCUUACGGAUCUGGGAUGUUGACCCUGAGACUUGGCAUCUCUGGGACUACGAGCAAUGGAGGUUCUACAUUGAUGUAGCCAAUGACCAAGUUAAUGAAAUAAGAAAACAACCUAAUCAUACAGAAGACGAUAUCAGGAACACAGCAAAAUGGGAAAUCGCAUAUACUUUCAGAGAUUAUUUCGGAAUCAGCCUAGAAUUCGAAGAAGUUGCGAAUUAUAUCGAAAGAAUCAAAACUGAUAAAGAAGUUGCAAAGAAAAUAAUCACUAUGAUGCAUUGUGAAGGUCCUGACAGCAUAGCACGCCAAAAUGAACAAGAAUGGACCUACUGAAGAUACUCUAACAGUAUCUUUGACGACCACUGGGCUUGUAAUGGCAAUACAGGAAACAUGCUUGAUUACGUCUUCCAAGGAAUACAGCUUGCACAUGGCGGAAGUGGGGAAUGGUGGCAUAAAGAACCUACAGAAAAAUAUACUAGGCAAUAA